AUGGCGAAAAGGGUUGUUCUAGAAAUUAAAGCGUACGUGGAAAAGGUUUGUCCAAUUAGGUACACGAAACCGCCAUCGUGGGUAGAACUGCCAAAAGCAGAACAGACUCGCAAGACAGAGACAGUAAACUUAGGACCCACAACCUUGGGAAUGCGUAAAAACGUUGCCCCCCUUGGCCUAUUGUCCGAUCGUACACAAACAAUAGCACAUAGGACAGUAGAUGAGUGA